UCCGCGCAUGCGCCCCUUCUAAUACUCGCCAUCCAUCCACGGCAGGAAAAAAAAUGAAUGAAAAACCUUACGAAAAGACAAAAAAUGGAGCUAUUUCAAUAACCUAACACUGUUUAUGUGUUAUGGUUGACAGUAAAAAAAUGGCGUGUUGUUUCUUGACGGACAAGUAAGCUAGCAAGUUAACAGGCUAGCAGAUGUUAGCCGCUAUAUGCUAGCAAAAUGUACGUUCUUUACACAAUAGUCGCGUCUUUGGUCGCCUUUCUUAUUUUGAAAUGGAUGAAAAAGAGGAGGUAUUGCACCGACCUGAAGCGACUGGACGGCAAGACAGUUCUUAUCACAGGAGGAAGUUCCGGCGUCGGGAAGGAAACGGCUGUGGCCUUGGCCACGAGGGGCGCCCGUGUGGUCAUCGCCUGCCGAGACCCUGCGAAGGCGGAGGAGGCGGUGAGGGAGAUCAAGUUCAGGAGUCACAGUCUGGCGGUGGUCCACAUGGAGCUGGACCUGGCCAACCUGUGCUCGGUGCGGGAGUUCUGCAAGACUUUCCUCCAGCGGGAGAAGAGGCUUGACAUCCUGGUCAAUAACGCAGCCAUGCCCGGCGUCCUCGACUGGACUGACGACGGCUUCAGCAUGUGCUUCGGUGUCAACCACCUGGGCCACUUCCUGCUCACCAGCCUGCUGCUGGCCCGCCUGAAGGAGUGCGCCCCCAGCCGGGUGGUGACGCUCACCUGCUCCAGCUACAAGUACCAGAAACUCAACUUCCAGGACCUCAACUACAACCUGCUGCCCUUCUUCACCUACUGCCGCAGCAAGCUGGCCAACGUCUAUUUCAGCCACGAGCUGGGACGCCUCACGCAGGGGAAGGGCGUCACGUCCUACGCCGUACACCCCGGUGAGGCCGCGCCAUCAUCAACAGCAGACGCUAACGUGUCACCAUCUUCACGGUGCUUUUUUUUUUUUCCCCUACUCAGGCUUUGUGCAGAGCGGAUGGACGUGUCACUAUUCCAUCCUCUUCCGGGUGCUGAUGCGGUUCGUCAUGUGGAUGUUCUUUGUGCCCUGCGAGGCGGGAGCGCAGACCGUCGUCCACUGCGCCGUGUCGGACGACGCGGCCAAACUCGGUGGCGGCUACUUUGUGGACUGCAGAGCCGCCGCCUUGCGUCCUUUUGCCAGGGAUGCCGGCGUGGCCAAGAAGCUGUGGGAGGCCAGCGAGAGACUGGUCAAGUUGUCCUGAGGUAACUUCCUGUUUUUUUAAUGUUGAAACAUUGGCAUUACCAGCAGUGGCUGUAGGCAACCGCUUGAUGUACUGAAAAAAACAAAAAACUCCACAUGAAGGCAGUAGCUGCUUUGGAAGUAUCAUGAGUGGUCAGCAUCUACCUCUGCAUGCGCUAUUGUGCGUUACACUUGUCGUACUGUUGUUUACAAUGAGCUUAUCAAUGCUUAGCGCUAUCACAACACUGGUUCUGUUUCUGCUGUGUUGUACAAUAUACAUGUUGAUAAAUGACCACGUUGUUGAAGCGAGAUGCGUUUUCGAUUUUGUCUUUCUCAUACACUCCGAAUCAUUAUUAAUUAAAAAAAUUAACCUGUUACAAUCAGGAGUUUUGUCCAAUGUCCUAUUUAUGCUAUUUAUGUCCUUUUUAG